AGCGGCUUUGUCGAUAACUUACGGUAUACCGUAUCGGUCGCAAAAUUCGUUAAGAGCAUACCUCACUGUUAAGGCCUCAAUUGCCUGUCCACACUUAUUGGAACCUCAAACAUUGCCAUUCAUCGGUUUUAUUAACCUUACAUUAUGCAUGUGAAACUGCGGUGGCGGCAGCAGUCAAUCAUUCAAAGAUAUGGCCCUCUGAGAGCGGACAGUGUCGGCGCGGGACCACGGUGCUAGUACCUUGCCUUACCUAGCCAGUGGCAACGUCAACGGCCUGUUGCCUUAGUACUUGUACCUUGUUUUCCCAGCUGGAAGGAGUGGGCGUCGAUAACCAAGAGAACAAUCAUUCUCUUUCAGUCCCAUUCAAUCGACCGUACUCAGUGCACGAAAUAGUGCAGCACUCUCGUUAUGGAUGUCCAUCUAUUGGUAUACGAUCUCUCAGGUGGAUUGGCGCGACAGAUGUCGUUAGGCAUCCUUGGUUUCCAGCUUGACGCUAUAUAUCACACCUCGAUCGAGUUGGGAGGCCGCGAGUAUGUCUACGACGGUGGCAUACUGGCUAUAGCCCCAGGCUCGUCACAUCUUGGUCAACCAUUGGAGCGGUUGCUACUAGGCAAGACCAGUCUGACUUUCGAUAUCAUCGAUGAGUACCUUGACUCUGUACGGUCCAUAUUCACAGUUGAGGCCUACGAUCUUUUCCGUCACAAUUGCAACAACUUUACAGACUCCUUUGCUAAUUUCCUGCUGGGCAAAGGCAUUCCGAGUCAUAUAAGCAGCAUGCCGCAAGCUGUUCUCGAGUCGCCCAUGGGACGUAUGCUUCUCGCGGCACUGACCCAAGGCGUCAACAAUGGAAGGCAAAAUGGCUCCAUUAUGGGGAUUCAGCAACAACCUCAUCCUAAGCCCCAAAAUACUACGUCCACGGUCAUCAGCGUGGCAGAUUCAUCGGAGCUCACACACAUGUUGGAGAAUGCCAGUGCUUCAUGCGCAGUGAUUUUCUUCACAUCAAGAGCCUGUGCUCCUUGUGAAACACUUGACCCAACAUACACCCAGCUGGCCCGGGACUUUGGGAGUCAGAGUGUAUUUCUCAAGGUCGACAUUGAAAGAAUGCCUGACGUUGCCAGCCAGUUCUCCGUCAAAGCUACGCCAGCCUUCGUCACCUUUCUCAGGGGCCAAAGGCAUGGUGAUUGGACUGGCGGCAGUCCCGCGAAUUUACAACAGAAGAUUGAGCUCCUGUGUCAAAUGGCAGCAACUGAGCAUCCUCACCUACGGCUCAAGAUUCCAAGUUUCUCCUCACUAGUCAGUGCCCCGAUCACGUACGCCAAAAUUCCGCCGCUGUCGAAAUCUCUCACUAGGCUAGGGGAUGGGAUUGCUGCGCGUCAGGUGGUGAGAGACUUGAUAAAGUACCUCGAAGUGCGAGAAAGCAAGGAAAUUCAGGACGCCGUGCUACCGAGUCUACAUGAUCUCUCGAUCUUUGUGCGAGGAGCGCUGGAAGAGGUGCCGGUUGAUGCUCGGUUUGUCGUGGUUGAUCUCCUACGAUGUGCGGUCACCGAUCCUAGGAUCAGUGGAUACUUCGCUGAAGAGAAAUCCUACAAGUGCAUUAUGCGAAUCCUGGCUUUGGUCGAUGACGGGCCAGGGUACCCGUACGCUCUGCGGUUGGUUACCUUGCAGAUGGCGUGCAACAUGUUCACCUCGCCACUCUUCGCACGCGAGCUACUUGCGGGGGGUAACCUCUUGCGAGCCACGAUCAAGCUCAUCUUGACCAGUUUUCUCGAUGAAAGCCAUAAUAGCUCAAGGGUUGCGGCCGCCUCCUUAUUAUUCAAUGUCGUUGUGGAGGACAGGCGGUCAAAAAGGGAAUCACCAACUUCAGGCCUCUCUGAUUCAGAUCAAGUGGAGUUAGCUGCUGCUCUCUUGGAAGCUAUAGGACAGGAGCAAGGUUCUGCUGAUGCGUUGAGGGGCAUGCUCCUUGCUCUGGGGCAUCUUUUCGUUGAAGCCGACCUAGACGGUGAACUAGCGGAUCUCUUGCGAGUGCUGGAUGCUCAGCACACAGUCCUCCAAAAGAAGGCCGUUUUCCCGAGAGAGCCUUUGGUAGACGAUGUUGGCGGAGAGCUGCUGGGGAGGGGCUUGUCGAAGCCUUGACAUGGUGGCCCCGAUAUGAUUUUCUUGUAGACUUCGACAGCACAUAAAACAGCCAGCAUCCUUCAUUUUUUUCGGUCUUGUGUGAUGUCCGAGAUCAUCAAGGACACGAACUUGAAGGUGCCAAUGAUAAUACACUUUGGGCCUAAUGGCUUGGCUCAUGAGUACAUCUAUGCCAAUAAGGCAGCGGUUAUAUUUGCUAUGUCUGUGUCUUCGAGUUCAGUAGUGCAUUAUGCAGGGUAGGUGGUGCGCUGAAGCCACGCAGCUAAUUAGCAGCCAGGCUACGCCACCCUGUUGU